AUGGGGUACGGUGGUCCGCGGAUCGAGUUUUACACCGCCAACCAGUACAGCAACUACGCUGCAGCAAUCGAUCGCGAAAACGCAGCACGUGUGCAGAGUAUCUUGCGGAGACGCAACGGACCAGCAGAGCAAGAAGAGCAACGGCAGCGCGAGGAAGCAUUCCGCGCGUACGAGCGGGCGCAGGCUGACGAGGUUGCACGUGCACAUGACAAAGAAGCCGAGGCGCUUGAGCAGCGCCGCAUCAAAGAUGAGCGCGUGCAGCGGCAGCUGGCGAACAAGACGUCUCGUCGCCCCUUCACCACCGUCGAGGUCACCUUACGUCGCAGACGUCACACCCACCUCUGCCGCCUCGCUGAGCCGCGCAAGUACCCGGAAGCAAUGAUUGGCAGUGCUAUGCCGCACCAGGGCGGACGCGAUGGGAAGCUGCCUACGCUGGGACGCAACGGUGCCGUGUACUGCGCCGGCGUGGAUCGCGACCGCAUCGUCCCAUCACGGCCGGUACUUCAAUGCACAACGCCUCCUUGGGUAGGGAGCUACAGCACUCAUCACGGUCCCCAUGAGCUGGAGGCGCAGAUGGCGAAGGAGGCUACGGCGUACUACUGCGCACGCCCCGCACCUCAGCGAAGCGCUAGCGAGCAAGCUAUGCGGCAGCAAACGCUUCAGGGUAUUGCCGCAGAGCACGCGGUGGCGGCCCAGCAGUCAAGCACUGACGUCGGCACUGCUGAAGCAUUCCACGAGGAGGUGAGAAGCAGUGCGGCGGACGUGGCGCAGCGGCAUGGAAUAGGCUUGAACUACGUGGAUGACGAUGCAGGGUCCAUCUUCAGCCAUGGCUCCUCGAACGGGCCCAUCGCGGCCACUGGUAACAUGCAUCUGAGCACCUCCUCCACUAAGGUCAGCGUUCAACUGCACCUUAGUCGCUACGGUGGCGCCAUGACAGCGCGGCGGCCGCAGCAGCCUGCCAAGACGCCAGCGUUGGAGAAAAUGUCUCUACCUGAGCUAGCCGAGCGUCUUGUGACCAUCCAGAUCCCUACAUCGGUAGUUCAAUAG